CUUCAUUUCUAGCUCAGAAUGACGUAUGCCUCCAAUGUGUUUUUUUCGAGGAAACCGCAUUCACUCGUGUUGGAUUUGGCGGAGCUAAGCGAGAUAACAGCGUCUGACGAGCUAGCGGUUUUUAGUGAACUAUAUAGCGGAUUACGGUGAAAUCAAGUAAAAUGGCAAAACGUACGAUGUCCAGGGAUGAUGUGCUGGGGGUAUUGUUUGCUGAUCCAGAUUCUGAGGCGGAAUUUAUGCCUUCAGAUGAUGACGACUCCUUCAGUGAUCUGAGCACUCCUCCUGGCUCGCCUACGACAGAGUCUGUGGUUGAUCAUGAUCAAUGUACUGCACAAGCACGACCAAACACUCCCGACAUCGAAAAUGAUGUUGGCCCAAAUACUGAUAAUGGUAGUGGUAAUGUCGAUGUACGUGUGGAGGUUGGGGGACGUGGUGGUAGCGGCAGUGCACGCGGCGUAAACCGGGCUGGUGAAGGGCUUGGCGCUAGGACCUUUUACCGCACCGGCAGCCACGCUGUGCCUGCUCAUGGGGAGGUUUUGCAGGAUGCGAGUGGAGGAGAUGUUGGGGCGGGUGGAAGAGGUAAACGGGGUCGGAGUAUGACUCGAGGAAGUAGUCGUGUUAGAGAGGAUGGGGCUUCUUUCACCCGUGAGAGGCGGCCAGCGGGCAUGAAGGCUAACAGGGGAGGGAGAGGUGGUUCUUACGCAGCCCCUGCUACACGCGGAGCAGGCGGCCGUAGGAGAGGGAGAGGGAGGAGGGGCUUUACCUCUGCUACAGCCACCACGGCUCCGCUUGUAGUAGAAGCUGACAAUGAGGGAUGGGAGCUACUGGGCAAUGUCGGCGAGACGCGUAAUGGUAAUUGGAUAAAAAGUUUCGACGAACCGAUUGGAUACCAUGGUGAAAAAGUGAACGAUUCGGCCCUAGAUUUCCUGUCACUGUUUCUAGACGACGCAUUUUGGAAUUUGCUGACAGUCGAAACAAACAGAUAUGCGCAGCAAUUUUUAGCCUCCCAUGAGCUCCUGCCAAGUUCGAGGUUUCAUGGCUGGUAUGACGUAACAGUCCCAGAAAUGAAAGCCUUUAUCGCUCUCCACUUGAGCAUGGGUCUGGUGGAGAAGCACGAAAUUAGCGAUUACUGGGGCGAAUUUGAAACGACACAAACACCUGGAUUUGGAAAAGUUAUGUCUAGAAAUAGAUUCCAAAUUAUUUUAUCUUUCCUCCACUUCACCAACAACGACAAUUACAUUGAGAGGGGGCAGCCAGGGUAUGACCGAAUUUUCAAGGUGCGGCCAAUUAUUGACAUCGUCAUCCCAAAAUUCUCUGCAGUGUACGGGCCACGCAAACAGCUGUCAUUGGACGAGAUGACAAUAGCUUUCAAGGGGAGGUCCACUCUGAAGCUGUACAACCCCAACAAGCCAGACAAAUAUGGGUACAAAGUAUUUGUCUUGAGCGAGGCCAAGUCAGGCUAUGUGCUGGAAUGGUCCAUGUACACUGGCCCAAAUGCUGACGCACAUGAGAUAGGUGCAUCCCAUCUCAUUGUGCGUAAGCUAAUGGCCCCACACACAGGAAAAGGCCAUGAAGUGUACAUGGACAGCUAUUACACCUCACCAGCCAUAGCAACUGAGUUGGCCAGCCGAGACACUGGCUUGUGUGGGACUGUCAGCAGUCAGAGAAGAGGCAUGCCCAAGGCCCUGCGACCUGCUGUGUUGCCCCUGAGAAAAGGUGAUGACCCUGUGUUCAUGCAAAAAGGCAAAAUGUUGGCAUGUGCCUGGCAUGACACAAAGCGUCUCACCAUGCUCUCCACGGUGCACGACAACACCUGUACCAGAAAGCGCAUUCGCACCAAACACAGCGCAACUGGUUACAGGGACAUUAGCAGGCCUGUCUGUGUGGACCAAUACAAUUCAUUUAUGGGUGGAGUCGACACAGCUGACCAGAGAAUGAAAACUUACCUUUUCCCACACAGAUCCAGGAAAUGGUACAAUCGCAUUUUCAAUGCUAUUAUGAGCAUCUGCAUGGUCAAUGCUCACAUUCUCUACAGCCAGUGUACUGCUACUCCACAAAAGACCAUGAAGGCUUUUGUGGAGGACAUUGUCACUGGACUGCUGGAAGGGUGGAGUAAGAAAGAGGGAAACAAGGGGGGCAGGCCUUCAGUGGACGGAGGGGAAAUGCCACGCAGGCUGACAGAGCGGCACUUUCUGAGAAAUGCUGAUGACCGUCCAGACUGUGUCGUGUGCUCAGAUCGCACCCGCCCUAAAGGCCGCCACCAAACAAAGUACAGGUGCAUUCAGUGUGGAGUGGGUCUGUGUGCUGUCCCCUGCAACGAGAGAUACCACACACUGAAAAAUUUCAAACAAUGUCACCUGGAUAUGUAGGCAGGGGACAGCACAGAGACACCCCCGC